AUGAGGGCUAAGUGGAAGAAGAAGCGUAUGAGAAGGUUGAAGAGGAAGCGUCGAAAGAUGAGACAAAGAUCCAAGAAGGAGCGACUUAAAUACGAACUUGUAGAGAUGAGUAACAAUUGCAGAAGCCAUAGAUACCGCAAACCCCCUGAGGUGCCCAAACCUUCCCAUAACUCCAAAUCCUUGCUGUGCCAAAGCAAUAGCAUUUGGAUCUGGCGAAGGAGCUGUCAUGUGGAAUAUCUAUUCCAGGAUAUGACUCAGAGCGAAGGUCAGAGGAGUUCUUUCCUCGGCCGUAUAAAGGGACUAGCUUCUCCUCCUCAAUGA